CUUCUCUAUGUUUUUUGUUGUCAAUACUGAUGCCGAGGGCUCACGACGUGAACACAACGACCGCCACUCUAUACCAACCGUUAAGUUUAGUACUGUUUUACAAACUAGUGAUCAGUUAUUUCGGACGCGAAGAGGCAUUGAAGCAAACACUGGACGGACAGCUCAUGCCGUUGAAAGGACCGCCUUUUUAUGCCCUCUGCAUCUGUCUUCCCACCACUUACAUGAAUAAGAAGUUAUAUUACCUGAUGAAGGCCUGUAUCUAUCAAUUAUUUAUGGCGCCCUGUUUUCUAUACUUUGCGAUGGGGGUGGCCAGUAAG